AUGCAAAUGGAAAGCUCGCUCCGCAACCUUCUCCAUUCCAACGAGCCUGCUUAUGAUUCCUCGUCUCUCCAUACUGGCCAUUUGCCGGCAACCAUCCAGCAACAUGGCUCUUUCAUCGGCACAAUGGAGGCUGAAAAUGUCCUGAACGACUCGCGGAAGCGUCCUGCCACGCGGAUAAAGUCCUCGUAUCCGCGAAAGAGAGCCAUCCAAGCCUGUCAGAAGUGCAGGGUCCGUCGAACAAAAUGCAAUAAUGCUCGUCCAACCUGUUCCUCCUGCCUGUCGAUCGGCGCCGAGUGCACAUAUAGCGAAGGAGAUCAUUCUACCUUCGAUUCCGCGAGCCUGGCAAUUUUGGAUAAGUUGAACACCAUCGAGGAGCUUUUGAGGUCGCCCAGUGCCCGGACUCAGAUCGCCCCAGCAGCCCCCAGUAACGCAGCUGACAGCCCCAGUCGUGGAGUCCUGUCUCGGCUAAAGUCGCUGAAUUCACCCAGUCUCGAAAGAUCCAAGGAUGCCGCCCCCUGUCACAUGAACAUCGAAGGAGUCUUAUCGUGGUCAGUCUUUGAUGAUCUUAGUCCCAACCUGGACCUGAAAGGUCUCCUCAAUUCCAGCCAUGGCGCCUUACAGAACCUGUCAAUCGUACCGGAAUUUGACGAGCAUGUCGCUGAAGAGGAGCUGGUGGCAAGAUUCAUGAGCAAUGUCUUCAUUUACAAUCCGGUCUUGGAGGAAGCCAAAAUUCACCGGUAUAUGCGUGAUGCCCGCUUCAACGGCAUCGGAUGGGACGCACAGUCGUGCCUACUGCUUCUGAUAUAUGCUCACGGCUCGAUUGUUGGGCCAUUUGAUGGUGGACAACAGCAAGAUGCCUCGUCAUUUCGCUCGUCCCCCCAGUUCAAGCAGUCUGAGUCGUACUUCUCUGCAGCCCAGAAAAGGAUGGGCCAUCUCCUCUGCCGGACAGGUGUGUUGGAAGCGCAAUGUUUCUUUCUGGCAGGGGUAUAUUUGAUGGCAACACUUCGUCCAAUGGAGGCGUGGAAGAUGUUUGUCCAGGCUCUCGCCUGCUGUCAAGCCUUCUACACUGAGAAGGAGUCGCCCGAAGCCGACAGGGAGGGGGAACAGCGUUUGCGGGAAAGCAUCUACUGGACCUGCUUCAAAUCAGAACUUGAACUCCGUCUCGAAUUGAAUGUUUCUGAGACGUCGAUUUGGGAUCUCACCUAUCCGGCCUUUUUCCCUUCUCCGCCCGAGGGUCUUCGAUCCCAACGAGAAAUAGUGUGGUAUUUCUAUCUUGCUGAAAUCGCCCUUCGACGACUGGGCAACAGAAUCCUCAAUUUCAUCUACGACAGCAAAGCCACGAGUUCCCUGUCCAAUGCGGCCGAAUCUACCAUUGGAUUUGAACAACAAGCCGCAGACUGGAUCCGAUCGCUCCCGCAGGCGCUUGACCUCGACGCACCCUCAGUGGGCGAGGAGAGCGACCUGCAUGACUCGUUGAAGUUUAUACUGAAAGGCCACCUCCUCGACUGCUACGAGAUGAUGUAUUGGCCCUUCAUCGUCGCGGCGAUCAACUAUGACACUCCCGAAAGAACCCCGACCAUCUCGACCGAGUCGCUCGACUCGUUUGUGCACAAAGCGCUGGCCGUGAGCGUGGAAAGAAUUGAAAAGAACGAACAGGGGUUUUUCUACCGCCAUCAUGGGACCUGGCUGAUGCUACGGUCUUGCACGAGGAGUGCCCUCGUUCUUCUCGGCGCGGCCAGACUGGAGAAACUAACACUAUUAAUGCCGGAUCGCUGGCGGGAGGCGGUGGGCAAAGUAAUCGAGAUGCUGAAUUUCUGGCGGCGAGAAAGCAGAGACGUGGAAGACCGGUUGCGACUCGUCGAGACGUUGCUAGCCGGUCUGACGUUCAGUUGA